CGUCGCCGCCGCCAUUUUAGCUCCUGGCCCCGGCCGCACGGCGGAGGCUGUUGUAGCGGGAGGGGUGGGGGUCCCCUAGAGUUUAGGAGCUGCCCUCGCCUGGGCCGAUAGAGCCGCCAGGUCCUCCUCUCUCCUGCCUUGGUCCCCGCCCGUCCGAAGAGCCCGAAGAUGUCUAAGCGGCACCGGCUGGACCUGGGGGAGGAUUACCCCUCCGGCAAGAAGCGUGCGGGCACCGAGGGGUGCCGAGGAGUUUAGCAGUUGACUUCAGUGAUUGCGUCAAAAUCUUGUCUCGACCAGUGUGUACUUUCAUUCCUGAAGUACAACAGAGAUUUAUUUGGAUAACUAAGGCAGAGACAUGAAAGUCUGAAUAUCUUCAAUACUUUGCAUGAUUUUUGCUUUUUAUUGUUGUGUGUGGAGGAAGGAUCGAGAUCGUGACCGUGAUCGAGAAGAUCGGUCUAAAGAUCGAGACAGAGAACGAGAUAGAGGAGAUAGAGAGCGGGAGAGGGAGAAAGAAAAGGAGAAGGAAUUGCGAGCUUCAACGAAUGCUAUGCUUAUCAGUGCUGGAUUACCACCUUUAAAAGCUUCCCAUUCAGCUCACUCAACCCACUCCGCACAUUCAACACAUUCGACACAUUCUGCUCAUUCAACACACACCGGACAUGCAGGACACACAUCACUUCCACAGUGCAUUAAUCCAUUUACCAACUUACCCCAUACACCGAGAUACUAUGAUAUUCUAAAGAAACGGCUUCAGCUCCCUGUUUGGGAAUACAAGGAUAGGUUUACAGAUAUCCUGGUUAGACAUCAGUCCUUUGUACUUGUUGGUGAGACUGGGUCUGGUAAAACAACACAGAUUCCACAGUGGUGUGUGGAGUACAUGCGAUCAUUACCGGGACCCAAAAGAGGAGUUGCCUGUACCCAGCCCAGGAGAGUGGCUGCAAUGAGUGUGGCUCAGAGAGUUGCUGAUGAAAUGGAUGUGAUGCUGGGCCAGGAAGUUGGUUACUCCAUUCGAUUUGAAGACUGCAGUAGUGCAAAAACCAUUCUUAAGUACAUGACUGACGGGAUGUUACUUCGGGAAGCUAUGAAUGAUCCCCUCUUGGAGCGUUAUGGUGUGAUCAUCCUUGAUGAGGCUCAUGAGAGGACAUUGGCUACGGAUAUUCUCAUGGGUGUUCUGAAGGAGGUUGUUAGACAGAGAUCAGAUUUAAAGGUUAUAGUUAUGAGUGCUACUCUAGAUGCAGGAAAAUUCCAGAUUUACUUUGAUAACUGUCCUCUCUUAACUAUCCCUGGGCGUACACAUCCUGUUGAGAUCUUUUAUACUCCCGAACCGGAGAGAGAUUAUCUUGAAGCAGCAAUUCGAACUGUGAUCCAAAUUCAUAUGUGUGAAGAGGAGGAGGGAGAUCUUCUACUUUUCUUAACUGGUCAAGAGGAAAUUGAUGAAGCCUGUAAGAGAAUAAAGCGUGAGGUUGAUGAUUUGGGCCCUGAAGUUGGUGACAUUAAAAUCAUUCCAUUGUACUCUACACUCCCACCGCAGCAGCAGCAACGCAUUUUUGAGCCUCCGCCUCCAAAAAAACAGAACGGAGCAAUUGGAAGAAAGGUAGUCGUGUCGACUAACAUUGCGGAGACAUCUUUGACAAUAGAUGGUGUGGUGUUUGUGAUUGAUCCUGGAUUCGCGAAACAAAAGGUGUACAAUCCUCGAAUCAGAGUUGAGUCCCUUUUAGUGACAGCCAUUAGUAAAGCUUCAGCUCAGCAAAGGGCCGGUCGAGCUGGACGCACCAGACCUGGGAAAUGCUUCAGACUUUAUACAGAGAAAGCUUACAAAACAGAGAUGCAGGAUAACACCUAUCCUGAGAUCUUGCGCUCUAACUUAGGGUCAGUUGUGCUGCAGCUGAAGAAACUUGGCAUCGAUGACUUGGUGCACUUUGAUUUUAUGGACCCACCAGCUCCCGAAACUCUGAUGAGAGCCCUAGAACUUUUGAAUUAUCUGGCUGCUUUAAAUGAUGAUGGAGAUCUGACUGAAUUGGGAUCCAUGAUGGCUGAGUUUCCUCUAGAUCCACAGCUCGCUAAAAUGGUUAUUGCAAGUUGUGACUACAACUGUUCUAAUGAGGUCCUAUCUAUUACUGCUAUGUUGUCAGUCCCACAGUGUUUUGUUCGCCCCACGGAGGCCAAGAAAGCUGCAGAUGAGGCCAAGAUGAGAUUUGCCCACAUAGAUGGAGAUCAUCUGACACUGCUGAAUGUCUACCACGCUUUUAAACAAAAUCAUGAAUCGGUUCAGUGGUGUUAUGACAACUUCAUUAACUACAGGUCCCUGAUGUCAGCAGACAAUGUGCGCCAGCAGCUAUCGAGAAUUAUGGACAGAUUUAAUUUGCCUCGUCGGAGUACUGACUUUACAAGCAGGGACUAUUACAUUAAUAUAAGAAAAGCUUUGGUUACUGGGUAUUUUAUGCAGGUGGCACAUUUAGAACGAACAGGGCAUUACUUAACUGUGAAAGAUAACCAGGUGGUUCAGUUGCAUCCCUCUACUGUCCUUGACCACAAGCCUGAAUGGGUGCUUUAUAAUGAGUUUGUUCUUACAACAAAGAAUUAUAUCCGGACAUGUACAGAUAUCAAGCCUGAAUGGUUGGUGAAAAUUGCCCCUCAAUAUUACGACAUGAGCAAUUUUCCACAGUGUGAAGCAAAGAGACAGUUGGACCGCAUCAUUGCCAAACUGCAAUCCAAGGAAUAUUCACAGUACUGAAUUCAGUGCUUAGAACUGCAGUUACUCAGAGGACAGCUUUAAAAGAUGAAUGAACUCAGAAGUUCAAGUUGUGCUCUUCACGUUGGUUCAAUAAUGGCCUUUAUUUGAAAGCUUUUUAAUUUUUCUUUACAGUAAAUAUUCCAUUCUGAUUUCAUAAAUUAAACAUUUAUGCCUCCCUUUUGUGUUGACACUGUAGCUCAUACUGGAAAAGUCGAUCAAUGUUUUGCAGUUUAUUGAAAGUAGUUCUAUAUAUAACAAUGUUAUAAGCAUUUCUUUAGAAAUGGUUGAAAAUGCUUCUAAAAUGUGAUUAUCGACCAUGGUAUGCAUGAUCGUUGUAAUUGUUGACAUUCCUUUUAGAAGUUGUGAAAUGUUACAACUUGUGCUUAUGUAGACACAAUCUUCUGUCUCAGUACAGAGGCACUGACUUCAAUAAAGUCUAUUUAUACUAA